GGGUUGCCAUUAAAUUUCUUGGUGUUUGAUAUUAAAUUCUUAGGUGGCCUUUGUGUUGGUUUCUUAAAAAUUCUGAGGUAUUAGCCAUAAAGGCUAUCGAGGGUUUCUUUCUCUCUGUUGUAUUUUGCACUGAUCUCUCUCUCAAAAAGAAAAAAUUCAAAGCUUUUCACUCAAAGAACACCGACUCCCCUCUCAUUGCUACUAAUAUAAAAGCAAAAGGCAAUGAAUGAAAGGACUUCACCUUCUCUGCAGAUUUGUUAAAUUGCAAUAAAAAUUACUGCCAUUUUUUCCUCCUCCUGCAUACUUCUUGGGAUUUUUUCCUGCCAUUAAUACAUUUCCUGGCCUCAAUUUACACUCUUCUUCUACCAAUCCUUCAAUUCUAUUUCCUUCUCUCUUUCCACUCUCCCCCCUACCAUGAUUUAAUUAAGCUUUAAUUAAAAACCCAUCUUCUCUCCCUUCAUUUCUCCCUUUAUAUAUUUUGCUCUUUCUGCUUCAAUCCCCUCACCACUUUCCCUUCUUUCCAACCCAACUUGGUUUGGUUCCUCAUUAUCCGCGUUAGUUUUAAGGGUUUCAGCGUAGCCUAGCCUAGCCUAGCCUAGCCUAGUCCAAGGUUACGUGACCUUUAAGGUUAAUUAUACGUAGAGGGUAGAAAGAUGAGUCGCAGGAAUGCUCCGAAGCUUGAGUUGAAGCUGAACCUAUCGCCACCAAGGGCAAGGGUUAAUCCAGGAGUGGAAUCACCAAGCCGAUCAGCUACCAUAUCACCGACAUCUCCUCCAAGCUCAUGCGUGUCGUCAGAGAUGAACCAGGACGUUGAUGCUGCUAACGUCAGAUACUCAAGCAGCCCUGAGGCGACAUCCAUGGUUCUGGUAGGGUGCCCCAGGUGCUUGAUGUACGUUAUGCUUUCAGAGGAUGAUCCUAAAUGCCCCAAAUGUAAGAGCGCCGUUUUGCUUGAUUUCCUCCAUGAUACUGCCACCACAACCACCAUCAAGACAAGGAAGGGCUAAGUAGGAACUAGGAAUCACCCCCUCCCCUCCUCCUCUCCUCGGCCUUUUGCUAAUUUUAAUGUUGACUAGUAGAACUGGUCGCUUUUUUUAUUUUGGGGGGGUGGCCUAAUCAUAGAACAUAGAUAUGGGCGUUUAUGGGUGGUGGAUGUCGUCGUCGUAGUUUAGGUGUGGGUUUUAGGUUUCUCCCUUCUUUAGCAGAAGACUAUGUAAACUGGUUUAACUGCAGCUGCCCAAAUUUUCUUAUGAAAAAAGUAAAUAUAUUUUA